UACCACUGUAUUAUUACGCGGUAAUCUAGCCCACCGACUGGUAGAGUCAACUGAAUAUAACGAGUUGGAUUGAUUUAGGAAAUCAAUAAUUACAAAUGGUUGGAUCUCCCUUGUUUCUCCCUAUAAAUGAUGAACCUGGGGAGGAGUCCCACAAAAUCCUGACUCGUUGCCCGCUCAAUUCUCGCUUCUUCGCUCAACUUUUGCUCUCCCUCCUCGCAGCCAUCCACUUCUCCCUCCUCCCUUUCUUAAUCUCUCCCGACAUUUUCAUACACGACAAUGCUCAGCGCCUGAUCCAGUGUCUCUUAGAGUGAAUUGGAGUCAUUAUUAGCUGAGAUAAGAUGAGUAGUGAAGGGAAGGUUCAUCCAGCGAGUUCCAAUGGAGAUUUGACCAAGAAGCCCUUCAAGAUCUUUGUGGGUUAUGAUCCACGUGAAGAUCUCGCAUAUGAGGUCUGUUGCCACUCAAUUUUGAAGCGAUCUUCAAUCCCUGUUGAGAUUGUGCCGAUCAAACAAUCGGAGCUGAGGAAGAACAGCCUCUACUGGCGCGAAAGAGGGCAGUUUGAGAGUACUGAGUUUUCUUUCACUCGGUUCUUGACUCCACAUUUGGCCAACUAUGAUGGUUGGGCAAUGUUUGUGGACUGUGAUUUUCUUUACCUUGCUGACAUUAAGGAACUCACGGAUUUGAUUGAGGAUAAGUAUGCUAUUAUGUGUGUUCAACAUGAUUAUGCACCAAAGGAGACAACAAAGAUGGAUGGAGCUGUGCAAACUGUGUACCCGAGGAAGAACUGGUCUUCCAUGGUCUUGUAUAACUGUGGUCAUCCCAAGAACAAGGUACUGACGCCCGAGGUUGUGAAUAAGGAAACAGGCGCUUUCCUUCAUAGGUUUCAGUGGCUCGAGGAUGACGAAAUUGGAUCAAUCCCAUUUGUUUGGAACUUCCUUGAGGGACAUAACCAGGUUGUUGAAAAGGAUCCCACAACUUUUCCCAAGUCUAUUCACUAUACUCGUGGAGGACCAUGGUUUGAGGCUUGGAAGCAUUGCGAGUUCGCAGACCUAUGGUUGAAGGAGAUGGAGGAGUACAACCAGGAAGCACAGAAGAAAGUUUGAAAAGUUGAGUUAAUAGUUUGAUCUACUCCAUUUUAAGUUUGAGAUUCAUUAUUGUAUUGAAGUUCAAUUUAUCCUGUUCUAUUCUCUGUUAUAUCUGUUAAAUGAAUCCUAGAGGGUUAGGAUGAUUUUACUAUUAGAAUCAAACCAAAGUUCCUUUCUACAAAUCUAAACUGAUAUUUGUAUAGUGUGCAAGUUUCAUAAUAUAACUGAUGUUCAACGAGUA